UAAACAUCCCGUUUGUCUCGCUAGCACUGCAUCGUACUUGGCAGGCUUGAGCUGUGCAGCAGCUUGAACUCUGCUCAGACUACACAGAAUUCCAGUCAUCCUAUGUCAGACCUCCACCGCCCCCCCAGAAUGGCAUCAAAGUACGAAGGGACGUCUUCCGGGUAACCCGCCGACCACGAGGGCCCGCGGCGUAGAGAUGCUGGCCCGGGCGGCCGCCUUGCUGACGCUGUGCACGUGGAUACGGGCCGACGUUUCCCCAGGAAAGCGCACGUGUCCCCCGGGUCCCCGGACUCAGGUUGACUUCUCGGUCGAAUACCAGCUGCCCCGUUUCCAAACGCUGCACCCCAUACAGAACCUGGCGGCCAACCCGCUCACCCCACAGGUGUACGUCGGCUCGCGGAACACAGUGGAGGCGCUGGACGAUAAGCUGAGCAAAUUAUGGGAGGUGAAAACAGGACCGGUGGGGAGUCCGGAAUGUAAAACCUGCCACUUGUGCAACAUCGAAGUCGAUCCCAGUGAUCCGGUGGAUACGGACAAUGAGGUGCUGCUCUUGGAUGCGGCUCUGGCUUUCUUGCCCUACCUGUACAUCUGCGGCAGUACCCAACAGGGGAUCUGCUUCUUCAUCGAUAUCGAGGUCAUCCCGCCGGAGCCUCGGUGUUUGUACAAAGAAAAGCAAAACUCCCCCUCCUACUGCCCCGAUUGUCUGGCCAGUCCGCUGGGCACCAAGGUCACCAUUGUGGAGCAAGCGGCCACGUCCUACUUCUUUGUGGCGGCCUCUGUGAAUGACAAAGUGGUACAGAAGUUCCCCCGGAGGUCGGUGUCCGUGGUGAGGCCGCUCUCUACCGAAGACGGAUUCCAAAUGGUGAUGGAGGGCCUUACGGUGCUGCCGCACCUGAGGGACUCGUACAGCGUCGAUUACAUCUACAGCUUCUCCACCCGCGACUAUGUCUAUUUCCUCUCCCUGCAGAGGGAGAACCCCUCCAAGGACGAUUCGGCAUUUCAGACCCGUUUAGGGCGGCUGCCCGUGGGGACUCACGAGGUGUGGACAUACAGGGAGCUGGUGCUGGAGUGCAGGUACGAGCCCAAAAGGCGGCGAAGGGAGGCCUUUAGGGACAUCGUGUACAACGGACUCAUGGCUGCUUACUUUGGACACGUGGGAAAGGAUCUGGCCGCUGAGUUGGGGGUGGAUGAGACCAAGGAAGUUCUCUACGGUGUGUUUGCGCAGGUGAGCGUGGAGGGAGAACCCCAAAAGAACUCGGCCCUGUGCGCCUUCUCCUUGAGUGACGUCAACAGUAAGAUUAACAAAGGCGUUGAAGACUGCUGCAGGUCCGGAUCGGAACAAUUAUCCAGAGGACUGUGUCACUUUCAGACAUGCGAGAACUGCCCGCAUGAGUCAGGCAACGACACUUGCAGUGAAAAACCCACGCUGGUGUCAAAACCGUACCACAGAAUAGACCUCUUCAACCGGCAAAUGAGGGAUGUCCUCUUCACAUCCAUCCUGGUUACCAUUAGCGGGAGGCAAACCCUGGGCCACUUUGGGACUUCGGACGGAAGAAUUUUGCAGGUCAUUCUUACAUUGGACACACCUUUCGUUUUUGCCAACUAUUCCCUCGGAGAGAUGCCAAUAUCUAGGACGGCAUCUGUCUACAAUGAUGAUUCGCUUCUUUUUGUGGCGAGAAAUCAAUUGUUCAAGGUGCCGACCAUAGGACCGGGAUGUACACAUUUUGUGACGUGCUCCAAGUGUUUGACGGCUCCGCGUUUCAUGAACUGCGGCUGGUGCUCGGGAAUCUGCUCGAGGCAAUAUGAGUGCGCCUCGCUGUGGAAUAAACAUUCUUGUGCACCAGUCAUAACAGAGUUUUUCCCCAAAACGGCACCAGCUGGCGGGGAAACCGAGCUGACACUUUGUGGCAGAGAGUUUCAAUCUCCUCUGAGACCGCCCAUCAUCACCGGUAUCACUCACAAAGUCACUGUGGGCUCAGAGACGUUGUGUACGGUCCUCCCCGACAAAACCAGAAGCCAAGUACUCGUAUGCAAGCUGAAGAAGAAAGUGUCAAACCACAAUCUGACAAUCACGCUGGAAGUGCAUGAGGGGAACACGAGGGCCGAGUACGCCAUCGAAGGCACAUCUCGGGUGUCUGGAUUCUCUAUUGUGGAACCCGACAUAAUGCAAAUCACACCCGAGCAUGGCCCUGUUUUUGGCGGUACUCUGGUGACACUGAUGGGCCGUAACCUUGAUUCUGGGAUGCAGAGACAAGUCUUCAUAGCAGAAAAAAAGUGUCACAUUGAAGGUGUUUUUCUGGAAAGAAGCGGGACUUGGUCUUCAAUCGUGUGCCUCACCGCGGCUGCGACAAACGUCGGGAGUGUUCCCAUCAAAGUGGUUAUCGACAACUUGGAAGUCACCACCGAUAAGACGUUCAUGUACAAGAAAAACCCCGUCAUAACCUCUGUGUAUCCCCACUGCAGCUUUGGCAGUGGCUCCAAGUUGGUGAUCGAGGGUCAGAAUCUUGACUCUGCACACAAAACUCUGCUCCAGUACAUGUCUAGAAUCACCCCAUGGAAACCCCGAGAACUGGAAUGUAACGGCACUCGUAACGCCACCCGGAUGACGUGCCGGGCCCCCACGUUUACAUUUGACAUGUCAGAAGACCGAUCAAACACCGGGCAGCUUUUCAUCAACAUGGACGGCAUGGAGGUGUGGAGAAGACGUUUUGACUACCACCCAGAUGCCAAAGUCAUCCCGUUUGAAAGUGAAGACAACAUGUUGCUCCUUAAACCGGGAGAGACUGAAGUUUCACUGCACCAUCACAAACUGAACACAGUGAACAUGUGCAUGAAGAUAACCAUGACAAUCGGUGGCAUGGACUGUCACGCCCAAGUUCUGUUGAACGAGCUGACCUGCAGGAUGCCCAAGAACCAAGUGAUCCCCAGCGAAGGAUUGCCUGUCAGGGUUUCCGUGAAUGGCGAACCCCAUGAUGUGGGCAUCGUCCUCUAUGAGGACGACAAUCAGGACUCGGUCAUCGCGGCGAUCGUGCUGGGUGUCAUCUUCGCCUCGGCGGCGGGCGCCGGAAUCGCCCUAGUUGUGAUGAUUCAUUUGAGGAGGAAGAAACGAGCCAUCAUCGAGAAUCGUUUAACCACCAGGCUGUCGAUGAACCGUAUGGCGAGCCACGCUGAAAUGUCGCCGACGGGGGACUACAGGCAAGUAGAUUCCAGCCAAACGUCCGCUUCAGGAGGAAUGGCCUUUCAGGGUUUGCUGUACGCUGCCAGCUACGACCACCUCGCCGUUCCGCUGAUUCCGCGGAACAGCGUCUCAAUGAUUAGCCUCAGCUCGGACCUGCUUGACGAGGUCAAAGAUGUCCUCAUCCCUGCUGAGAUGCUCAGAAUUGAAGAUAGCCAGAGCAUCGGCAAAGGUCACUUUGGGACCGUGUAUCAUGGAUAUCUGAAGGACAGCAAUAAGCAAGAGAUCCAUUGUGCAGUUAAAUCACUGAAUCGAAUCACAGAUUUAAAGGAAGUGGACCAGUUUCUCAGAGAGGGCAUCAUCAUGAAGGGCUUCCACCAUCCCAACAUUCUGUCUCUGCUUGGAAUCAUGCUGCCCAAAGAAGGCCUGCCGCUGGUGGUGUUGCCUUACAUGAAACACGGCGACGUGCGGCAUUUUAUUCGCUCCCCGCACAGGAAUCCAACGGUAAAAGACCUGAUAGGCUUUGGACUGCAGGUCGCCAAGGGAAUGCAGUACUUAGCACAGAAGAAAUUUGUGCACAGAGACCUGGCUGCACGGAACUGCAUGCUUGAUGAGACCUUCACCGUCAAGGUGGCGGACUUCGGGAUGGCUCGUGAUAUUUACGACAAGGAGUACUACAGUAUUCAAGACCACAAGAGGGCAAAGUUACCCGUCAAGUGGAUGGCCAUCGAAAGCUUGCAGACACAGAAGUUCACCACCAAGUCGGACGUGUGGUCCUACGGCGUGUUGAUGUGGGAGCUGCUGACCAGAGGGGCCAGUCCGUACCCAGAAGUGGACCCCUACGAUAUCACGCACUAUUUACUAAGGGGCCGUCGGCUACCCCAGCCACAGUAUUGCCCCGAUUCUCUUUAUUCCAUCAUGCUGGCAUGUUGGGACCCGGAGCCUGAACGUAGACCGACCUUCCUCAGCUUGGUCGGAGACGUGCAGCACAUCCUGUCGUGCCUUACUGGAGAGCACUACAUUAACCUGAAGGUCAACUAUGUCAAUUUAGACCAAGCCAAGGCGUACCCUUCACUGACUGCAUCGGCGGACGAGGCCGAGGGGUCAGAGUCGGACACAAGUGGCCAAGACGGCAGCUGAGGACCACUAAAAUUGAUCAGAACGGACGAUCCAGUUCUUCCGGAUCACGAGUUCUUUUAUUUAAUAUGUAUUGUCUGGAUUAAGAGACUCUGUAUAUUCUGCGUGACUAAGGCUGGAUUUACACUGUAUGGUUCAGGAGCCACAAUUCGAUCUUUAUUUUGCUGGCACAUUUGCGUGGCGAUGUACUGUAAAUAAACAAGUUGGAUAAAAAUCUGGA